AUGACUAUCAAGGUUGUUUUGGGAGCCCAAUGGGGCGACGAAGGUAAAGGCAAACUGACGGAUAUUCUCGCGCCUGAAGCUAAGCUCUGCGCGAGAGCUGCCGGUGGUCAUAACGCUGGACACUCGAUCGUCGCCAACGGUGUCUCGUACAGCUUUCACCUGCUCCCUUCCGGUCUCAUCAACCCGAACUGCAUGAACUACAUCGGCUCCGAUGUGAGCUUCCACGUCCCUUCAUUCUUCAAGGAGCUGAAGACAUUGGACGAGAAAGGCCUCCCCAAUGUUUACGACCGCAUUCUCGUAUCUGAAAGAGCACAUGUCAACUUUGACCUUCACGCCGCCGUCGAUGGCCUGGAAGAGGUGGAGUUGAAGGACCAAGGCUGCUCCGAUAUCUUCGACCAAGAACUCUUCGAAACGAAGCUGCGCCGACUGGCAUAUGGCUACAAGGCCCGAUACGGUGAUCUUCUCCAGUACGAUGUCGAGGAAGAGAUUGAGAGAUUCAAAGGAUACCGUACGGAGCUCGCAAAGUAUGCCAUCGAUGGCUUGAGCUUUAUGCAUUCUGCACAAACGAGCGGAAUGAACAUCAUCAUCGAGGGUGCCAAUGCCGUAAUGCUCGACCUUUCUAUGGGAUCAUACCCCUAUGUCACGUCAUCUAACACCACAAUUUCUGGCAUCAUCGCCGGGUUGAACCUCAACCCCAAGAACAUCACAGAGACCAUCGGAGUUGUAAAAGCUUACACCACCCGCGUUGGCGCCGGCGCUUUCAAGACUGAAGAUCUCGGACAGUACUGUCACCUUAAUUACCACCCAGCUUUGGAAUCGACACAGACUGACCAUUUUCGAAACAGAGUUGGCGAAACGCUCCAAGAGCAGGGGAGAGAAUGGGGAACGUCGACAGGUCGAAGACGUCGCUGUGGCUGGCUCGAUCUCGUUGUUGUGAAGCAUGGCCACAUGAUCAACUACUACACGGCGUUGAACUUGACCAAGCUCGAUGUCCUCGAUUCCUUUGAGACAAUCAAGAUUGCCAUCGCGUACAAAGACAAGAACACUGGUCAGAAUCAGGAACUUGACUCUUAUCCGGCGGACCAUAACGUUCUGGACACCGCCGAGGUCGUCUACCACGAAAUGCCUGGAUGGCAGAAGCCGACGACCAGCGCCCGUACAUUCUACGAUCUUCCCAAGGCGGCCCGGGAUUAUGUCCAGUACAUUGAGGACUUCGUUGGAGUCAAGAUCAAAUGGAUUGGCACUGGCCCUGACCGUGAGGAUAUGAUCACGCGUGCCUAG